AAAAAAUACCAUAUGGUCAUUUUCGCGCUCUUUUAAGAAAUACAGAAGCAGAUGUUGCAGCAAAGGUAUUUGUUUGUAAUAAGUUGAAGAAGUAUUAAGUUAUUUUUUAUUUAGAAUUUGGUCACGUUGUUUUAAUAUCAGCUUCGUAUGCAAAUAUAGAUAUCAUGGGAACUUCUAGAAACAAGCUGUCAUUGCUAGCUGAGUAUGAUGAUUUUUGUAGACAUAUGAAUGGAUUAGCAGAGGGAUUUGAGAAAGAUCUCAAGUUUUAUGUAGCGUCUCGGAAGAAUUCCUUUCAAAAUGUGAAAACAUUGGUAAGUGAGAAUAAACAGUUAGAACAUAAAGUUAACUGCUUAGAAAAAGAUAAAUUACGUCUGGAGGCUGAGUUAAAGCAAACAAGGAGCCAAUUGAUUACUGAACAUAACAAGUCUCAACAAUUGAAAUCAGAAAAAAACUCUCUGGAAAGGCAGAUAGUCCUUAUCAAAGAGCUUUUAAAUGAUCAAAAUGGCAUAGAUCAUACUACAAAAGAAAGACUUGUUCAACUUAGUUCAGCAACUAGUCAACACAAUGGAUAUUCCUCAAACUUUAAGCCUUUUGAAGAGUCCGCAUCUUUACUAUCUUCUGAUGAUUGUGAUGAAACCACAGAUGAAUUGGAGAGUUCUGAGUCACACCCUCGAGGCAACUCUAAAAACAAAAACUUGAAAACAAUAAAAGACAAAAACGAAACUUCAAAGGGAAGUUCAACUUAUUUGUCUUGUGAUGAUCCUAUCUACCAAGAUCAAACAACCGUGCGUAGGAAUAGUAUGAUUGCUUUUCGUAGCAAUAGUGAGCCAAACUCUACUUCGCCAGAAGUGGUUAUAACUCGCCAAAUUAUAAGAUCAGAUUCUGAACAUAUAAAGGAACGCUCUUUUGAUGGAGGCAAAAGUUUUAAGCAUAAUCGAAGUGUAAAGCAUAAUCGAAGCAGCCUUCCUAUCGAUUGCUGUGGUGUUGGAAAACUGGGAAAAGCUCAUACUUUUCAAACAAAAACAUUCAUUCGCGCUGAAAAGUGUCAUCCCUGUAGUAAAACGAUCAAGUUCUGCAAGCAAGGUUUAAAAUGUUCUGUUUGUAGAAUCAGCUGUCACAUUGAAUGUAAAGAGCAAUGUUCAUUGCCUUGUUUACCAGCUAUUUCUAUUCCCACUAAAGGAUCAGGCACUAUUGCAGAUUAUACAUCUUCUACAUCUCCUAUGAUCCCUUCUAUAAUGGUACAUUGCAUUAAUGAAAUUGAAGUUAGAGGUCUUGAAGACAUUGGAUUAUAUCGUGUACCUGGAAGGGAGAGAGAGAUAAAAGAAUUGAAGGAGAAGUUUUUGAGAGGAAAAUCUAUUCCUUCAUUGAAUGACUUAGACAUUCACGCUAUAUGUGGAACUGUGAAAGAAUUUUUAAGGAGUUUAAAGGAUUCCUUAAUUACAAAAGCUGCCUGGCAUACAUUUGUAGAUGCUGCAAGCCAAUGUAAUGAAAAGCACAAAUUGAAUUUGAUUUACGAAGCUGUUUGUGAUCUUCCUCGACCAAAUAAGGAAACACUUGCAUUCUUGAUAUUGCAUUUACAAAGGGUUGCUGCCUCUCCUCACUGUCAAAUGCCGCUUGAUAAUCUUUCUAAGGUGUUUGCUCCAACUGUUAUUGGAUAUUCUGUUGAUCAUCCAACAGAUACCAACAUGUUUUCUGAAACACAACAGCAAAAUAAGGUAAUGACGGGACUACUUAAAAUUCCUGCAGAAUGGUGGCAAAAUUUUUUCACUGGGGAAACCAUCACUGAUAAUAAGCUGAAAACUCCAACGAAUUUACCUGCCCCUGUAAGCAGUAGGCUGGGACCUAUCUUCCCUUCUAACUCCCGUCCAAGCAUUCCAGUUAUUGUGAAAGCCAAUCUUUCUCCAAGGCAUGCAAAAUCUGGUGGAAGAACAGGCAGAAGGCAACGGUAUUUGUCUCCAAUUUUAAAAGACUGACAACAAAAUUCAGUUUUUUUAACCAGAUUGUUUUAUUAGUUUUUUUUUUUUUUAUGCUAUUGAAUGGAAUGAUUUAAAUAACUUUUUUUGCAAGAAGAAAAUUUACACAGAUAUGUUAUUGAGUUACGGUUUAUUUAAUUAUUAGAAUUAUAUACAAAUUCUUUUAUUAUGCUUAAAAACCUAAACUUUUCUUUUUGUCUAUAAAUUAUUCACUGUAAGGUAAUCAUUUGAUUUAAAAACUGUGUCAAUGAUCUUCGGCAAACAUUUUUUUCUGCACUGCUUGAGAAAGCAAGAUAAAAGGAAUUAUAUUGUUUUUGUAAUUUAUGUUUCAUUUCCACCAUGAUUAGUUUUUUAAAUGUUUUAAUUUAUUUAUCUGUGAUAAUCAUUUUAUACAGAAACUUUUCUAUGUAAAAAUAAAUAUCUAGUGUGAUAGUCUUAUGUUUAUGUUCGCUCUUUUUGUACUGACAGAUGUUCAUACAAUUUUAGAGUUUUAAUCCUAUUUUUAAGUAUUUGCUAUUUUUUAUCCUAUUUUUGUCCAUGUUGUAAAUUUUAUAAAGAUUUUUAUUGAGUUUAAUAAAAAUAAUUUUCAGAAUAGUGUUUAUGAUUGAGUGGACCACUGAAAAAAUAUUGUUCUUAUCUAUAUGAAGUGCAUUUAGACCAUAUAAUAAUAAGCCACAUUUUUACUAAUUGUGAAUUUUUAUUACUGACUUGCCCUUGAUAUUUCACCAGCUAGUUACUCUAUUAUCUUGAAUCUUCUCUAGAUAAUAGCACAAUACAUAGAAAUGCAUUAUUGCCUACUAGGAAAUUGAGUAGCAUUUCACAAACAUCUGAACAAGUUGAAAAUGUUGCUUGUCAUAAUGACUUUACCCCUUCAUAUCUAUACAAAGAAAAACCAGCUACAUUUAUAUUUUCUGGUAGAUAAAUGCAAUUUUUAUUAUAAAGUUUUAUCCUUGAUAUGAACUAUUUUACUAAAAAUAUUUAAAAAGAAGAAAGAGAAUAGAUUUACAGCAAACAUUCCACUAAAUUCUAUAUUCUUAGAAUUGUAUCUCUAAUAUUUGAUGCAAUUUCAAACGUAUCUAAACUACAACAUGACUGACUCAAAUUACAAUUAAAGUCCUAAGAUAUAAAAAGUCCUGAUGCUUUUAAGCAAAAUUUAUUUUAUUCAAUCUCCAUAAAGUUACUUUUAUAUUCACAUUUGUUUUGUUGCUAUAAUACUUAGUAAGUACUUUCAUAAAAAUAUAAAUGUUUAAGACCACUCUGAAGAAGGAAAAUAUCCGAAAUUUGUAACAUGCAUGUAAUAAAUAUUUUGAAGAACCAUUUAUAAUCGAAUAAAUAUGUUAUGUUUGUAGAAAAUCUAUAAGAUGGACUUGAAUAAAAGCAUCUAGGAACUA